CGUGCUCACGGGGGGGGAUCAGGGUGUCAUAUCCCCCCCUUUGGAUUUUUUUGCAAUGAUUUAUUGUUUACAUGAAAAAAAAUUUAGGUUUAAAAUUCAAAAUUUCGCUCGUAGAUUAGAUCGCGUUCCUGUAUUCUUAUCAAUUCGAUAUUCACGUGCGUCAUAAUAUGUUUAUUAUCUUCAAAAAUAUUCCACCAAUAUGUUUGGUCUAAAAAUAAACCUGUUAUUUCAAUUUUUCCCGGAAUGUAGAUACAGAGCUGAUUUUAUUACUACUAUUAGUAUACCUAUUAGUAUUUAUAACAUAUUUACAUUGCAUAAUAAAUUAUACUAAAUUAAAUCUUAUAUAUAAAUAUUAUUUAUAAAAUGUAAGAAAAUAUAUGUAUAAUAUGUUCUACAAUGAUAUACAUGUCCGAUAACCUGGCCGAUGUCGACCCGUAAUCGAUCGGGUGGUAAUUCCGAAUUCGUCAGUUCGUUACAGCACGGUAAAUUGAACUUGAUAAAUUGUGUUCUCAAUCUCCAUUUGCGUUCAUUCUCCUAUCAAGUUGACUUUUAUUAGUGUAGUUUAUACGAUAACAUUUUUGUUUUACUUGUUCACUCAUAAGAGUUAUUUAUUCUAUCAAAAGUACUAAUAAUUAGCCAUUGUCUCAUAAUAAAAAAUUAUGUCAGCUAAAAGAAAAAUAAACGAUUAUUUUUCCAAACAAAGCAAACAAAUUGAUGAACCUCAACUAAGCCCUAACAAAAUCCAGAUUACGGAAAAAAUCCCCGAAUAUCAUGAUCAGAUUGAAAGCAUGCCGCAUGUAAAUGACAUAGGUAUAUUUGUUAAUCGUGAUUUAACAGAUGAUGAAAAAUAUUCUGCGUUAACUAAAGUAUGGGUACCACUGGCUACAUAUAAAUUUCCCUUAUGCAGUAUAAAUGAAAAAAGAGGUUUAAAAUUCCAAUUUAAAUGGCUGCUUGAGUUUAAUUGGCUUGCUUAUUCUGAAAAAAACCAAGGUGCUUACUGUAAACAUUGUGUUGUGUUUGCUAAAACUGGCGGUGUGGGGAGUCAGCCUUUACGCAAAUUAGUAUAUGAAGCUUUUAAUGCGUGGAAGAAAGCUUUAGAGGUAUUUCGGAAACACUCUACUUGUGUUUAUCAUGUUACUUCUGUUGUUAAAUCAGAUCAAUUCCUUAAUAUUUUUACUAAAAAACAACCUUCAAUUAUCGCAGCAAUCUGUGAAGAUAGGUUUGUAAACAUUACCUCUAAUUGAAUAAUUACUAUAUCUAUUUUAUUAUUUUUAUGGGUCU